AUGUACGAUUCCUACCGCCCCCACCUCCUGCUCGCACAGGUACCCCUCACCGUCUCCCCAUUCAUCAACCUUCCUACCUCGGUCACACUCCCCUACACCUACAAGUCAGUCACAUCAACACUCCCUCCCUCCGUGACAGUCGAUCCAAACAAUCCCGAUGUCAAGGCCCGCUACGUUGUCUCUCCCAGCGGUGAACAUGCUGCACACCCAGACGAGAUCCUCGCCGCGUGUCAAUCCCUGGAUCAACAUCUGAAGAAAACACGGAGCGACGCCGAAACAGCCAUCAAAACAUGGGAGACAUCUAUUCAGCAACGGGAACUAGCAGAGAAGCGCCGCGUCGCACCUGGAUGGCUGGACCGCAAUGAGAAACUUUUGCAGCCUAGCCAGGCGGGCGGGUCGCCUGACGCCAAAGCCAACCCUGGGAGCUUGCUAGAUAGCGCUGAAGCCGAUCAGGGAUCUUCCAAUAUACCUUCCAUUGGGCCACAGGAUCAGGGAGAGGAGCUGGAUAGGGCAUUUGGUGGGCUGGGCGUGAAAUGA